AUGGCUGAGGGUCCACAAUGGAAGGCUUACGAGUACAGGACAAAUUCUUCGGUGGUGCUUCAGUCCGCCCGACGCCACAAGUCCUCGUCCGAGGCGACCGGGGAGCCCGAGUCUCUUGUUGGCCGAAUCAACCACCCAAUGGGUGAUCUUUACAAACCGCCGACAAGGGUCGAUCAGAAGGUGCUCGAAAAGGCCGAAUCCAAGAAAAAGAGGUUGGCAGUCAACGACGUCUCGUCUAUUCACAGGCGCGGAAGCAAGCUUUCGAAGCCGGCCGCGACGUCCGUUUUAGAGAACGACAUUUUAGAGAACGUCAAGUACCAGCCGCGUCUGCGCGAGACUCGCUUGGUUUACGAGCAGUUGCUGCACUUCGUGGAGAGACAGUUGGGGGAUCAGCAGUUGGACAUCGUGAUGAACGCGGCCGACGAAAUACUCGCGUUGAUGAAGGACCAAAAUUUGCAGUCGUCCGAGCGCCAGAAGGAAGUUGAAUUUUUUUUGGGUCCGCUGUCGACGGAACUGUACACCGAGCUGAAUCGCAUAUGCGGGCAGAUCACGGAUUACGUGGACGCGAUGAGGGUGCUUCCGCAGGCCGAGGACGACGCGGGGGUGGCCGUGUUGAUUUCCAACGAGGAGGAGGCUGAGAGGUCGGUGAACAAGUUCAUCAAGGACGCGGAGCAGUCGGCGAAGUUGAGCGUUCAGAUUUUGGCCUCGCUUGGCAAGGCCGAGGACCGGGAGGUGGAGAACGAGUUGUUGGAGUUGCUGGAUUACGACCGCUUCGAUUUUAUCAAGAUGGUUUUAAACAAUCGCACGAGUAUAUACUACGCGACGCGGUUGAGGCAGGCGCAGACGGACGAGGAGCGCGAGAGCAUUGAGCAGGAGAUGAAGCAGGACCCGGUCGCCCACCAGGUGUUGAAGACCUUGCAUUCUGAGGGGACGACGCAGAGCGCGGACUUUCGAAACAAGUUGCAGUCGCAGAACAUUUUGAAGGACAGGCCGAGCGCCAGCGGCGAGUCUGCGUUCGGGAGUGGGAUUUACGCGUUCGAGAACCGGGCGGCUACGCAGUUGGAUUUGGACGAUUUGGUGUUCCAGCAGGGGGGUCACCUUAUGACGAACAAGAAGUGCAUUUUGCCGCAGGGGACGCGCAGAAUAUCCUCGAAGGAGUACGAGGAGGUGAUCGUGCCCGGAAUCAAGGCCGUGCCCGACCCGGAGGACGUGGAGAUUCCGAUUAGUGAUUUUCCGGAGUGGGCGCAAAAGGCGUUUCAGGGGAUUCGGAGUCUGAACCUGAUUCAGAGCAAGUUGAAGAAGACCGCGUUCGAGACGAGCGAGAACAUAUUGCUGUGCGCGCCGACGGGGGCGGGGAAGACGAACGUGGCGUUGAUGGCGAUGCUGAACUUGAUAGGGCGCCACAUUGACUUGGAGACGGGAGAGGUCGACUUGAAGGCGUUCAAAAUUUUGUACAUCGCGCCGAUGAAGUCGUUGGUGCAGGAAAUGGUGUACAGCUUUGCGAACCGCCUGGCGCCCUACAACAUUGCGGUGCGCGAGCUGUCGGGGGACUCGACGCUGACGAAGGCUCAGAUCAACAGCACGCAGGUGAUCGUGACGACGCCCGAGAAGUGGGACAUUGUGACGCGCAAGGCUGGAGACAGGACGUUCACGGAGUUGGUGAAGUUGAUAAUCAUUGACGAGAUUCACCUGCUGCACGACGACCGCGGGCCGGUGCUGGAGUCGAUCGUGGCCAGGACGAUUCGCCAGAUCGAGUUUUCCCAGGAGCUGAUACGCCUGGUGGGCUUGUCGGCGACGCUGCCGAACUACCAGGACGUGGCCACGUUUUUGCGCGUGAAGCAGGGGUUGUUCGCGUUCAAGAACGCGCACCGCCCGAUACCUUUGGAGCAGCACUUCGUGGGCGUGACGGUGAAGAAGCCGUUCAGGCGCUUUCAGUUGCUGAAGGAGCUGUGCUACGAGAAGAUGUUGGGGUUCGCGGGCGAGCAGAUCCUGAUAUUCGUGCACUCGAGGAAGGAGACGGCGGGCACGGCGAAGGCGCUGAGGGACAUGCUGAUAGAGAAGGGGACGCUGACGAACAUCGUUCGGUGCUUUGACGCGUCGACGAAGGAGAUUCUGAAGGAGUCGGCGGAGCAGACGAAGAACGCGGACUUGAAGGAGCUCCUGUUGUACGGCUUCGCGAUUCACCACGCGGGGAUGCUGAAGGUGGACCGGGUGUUGGUGGAGGACUUGUUUUCGGACCGGAGGAUACAGGUGUUGGUGUCCACGGCGACGCUGGCGUGGGGAGUCAACUUGCCGGCGCACGCGGUGAUCAUUAAGGGGACGCAGGUGUACAGCUCGGAGUUGGGGGACUGGACGGAGCUGUCGCAGCUGGACGUGAUGCAGAUGCUCGGGAGGGCGGGGAGGCCGCAGUACGACACGAGGGGCGUGGGCGUCGUGUUGACGCUUCACCACGAGCUGCAGUACUACUUGUCGCUGCUGAACCAGCAGUUGCCGAUCGAGUCGCAGUUCGUGAAGCGGCUGGUAGACAACUUGAACGCGGAGGUCGUGCUGGGGACGAUUCAGACCGUGAAGCACGCGGUGGACUGGCUGGGGUACACGUACUUUUACAUCUGCAUGCUCCGCAACCCGACGUUGUACGGCGUGUCGGCGGAGGAGGCGGAGAAGGACAAGUACUUGGAACAGAGGCGAUACGACUUGGUGCACUCGGCCGCUUCGAUUUUGAGCAAGAACAACUUGAUCAAGUACGACCGGAAGUCCGGGCGGCUCCAGGAGACGGAGCUGGGGAGGAUCGCCUCCUACUACUACAUUCCGUACCAGAGCGUCGCGAUAUACAACGAGCACAUGAAGGUGACGACGGGCGACGUGGAGUUGCUGAGGAUAUUCUCGCUGUCGCACGAGUUUUCGCGGAUCAUCGUCCGGGCGGGAGAGCGCCUGGAGCUGGAGAAGCUCGUGGAGCGCGUGCCGAUUCCGGUGAAGGAGGGCGUGGACGAGCCGGCGGCGAAGAUCAACGUGCUGCUGCAGGCCUACAUUUCGAGGCUGAAGUUGGACGGGUACUUGUUGAUGAGCGACAUGGUGUAUAUCACGCAGUCGGCGUCUCGAAUCAUGCGCGCGCUGUUCGAGAUCGCGCUGAAGCGGGGCUGGGACCAGGUGGCGGAGAAGUGCCUGUCCUAUUGCAAGAUGAUCGACAAGCGGAUGUGGGCGACGCAGAGUCCCCUGAGGCAGUUCAAGUGCGCGCCGGAAGUGAUCCGCAAGCUGGAGAAGAAGGAGUUCGGGCUCGACCGGCUGAUCGCGUUGAGCGCUCAGGAGAUCGGAGAGCUGCUGCGGUACCCGGCGCUCGGGAAGAUGAUCUACCAACACGUGCACCAAAUCCCCAAGCUGGACAUUUCUCCGACGGUGCAGCCGAUCACGCGCUCGCUGCUGCAGGUGGAGCUGGUGAUCAUCCCCGACUUCGAGUUCGUGGAGAAGCACCACGGACUGGCGCAGUGCUUCUGGAUAUUCGUCGUGGACGUGAACGGAGAGACGAUUCUGCACUGCGAGCCGUUCACGCUGAAGAAGAGCAACGCGGACAAGGAGCACUUCGUCACGUUCACCGUACCGAUGUACGAGCCGACGCCCCCUCAAUACUUCAUCCGGGUGUUUUCGGACCGCUGGAUCGGGAACGAGACGAUCAAGCCCAUCUCGUUCAGGCACCUGAUCCUCCCGAACUUCUUCCCGGAGACGCGCAGUCUGCUGGACCUGCAGCCGCUGUCGAUCGGCGCGCUGAAGAACUCGGUGUACGAGGCGAUCUACGCGCCCCACUUCAACAUCUUCAACCACAUUCAGACGCAGGUGUUCAACGCGCUGUACAACACGGACGGCAACGUGCUUCUGUGCUGCCCGACGGGCUCGGGGAAGACCGUCUGCGCCGAGCUGGCGAUCUUGAGGGAGUGGAACAAAGAGGCCCCCGGAAACGUGGUGUAUCUGACACACGCGGAGCAAAUCCAGUCGACGGUGGAGGGCUGGAGGAAGAAGUUCCCGGGCAAGCAGGUGCACGAGCUGACGGAGAACGCCGCGGUGGACAUGAAGCUGCUGGACCGAAGCGACGCGGUCGUGUGCUCGGUGCGAACGUGGGACGUCUUGUCGCGUCGGUGGAAGCAGAGGCCGGCGAUUCAGCGAACGAGCCUGUUCGUGAUAGACGAGCUCCACCUGCUGGGGGACCCGGACGUGGGGCCCACGUUGGAGGUGGUCGUGUCGAGGAUGAGGUACAUGUCGAAGCAGCUCAAGUUCCAGCAGAAGCAGCAAGAAGCGGCGGCGGCCCAAUCGGGACAGAACAAGCCGAGCGUCGGGGCCGUGGAGCUGCGGUUCGUGGGGCUGGCGUCGUGCAUAGCCAACGCGAACAACAUCUGCGAGUGGCUGGGCGUGCAGAGCUCGAACAUGUACAACUUCCACCCGCUGGCGAGGCCGAUUCCGCUGGAAGUGACUCUGCAGGGGUUCGAAAACUACGACUACUCCUCGCGCAUGGCGAGCAUGUGCAAGCCCCUGAUCCACGCUAUUUCGAGGCUUCCGAGCGACACGCCGAUCCUGAUCUACGUGCCGUCGAGGAAGGUGUCGAAGAUGGUGACCCACGAUCUAAAGGCGUUCACGCUGGUCGAAGAGGCGCCCGACCGGUUCCUGAAGAAAGCGACGCCGGCCGAGAUGAAGAGGCUGGCGGACGAGCUGGGCUCGGCCGUCCUCGCGCAGUCGCUGCCGUUCGGCAUCGGCAUCUACAACGAGUCGAUGACCGAGAGGGAGAAGAGGCUCGUCAAGCGCUGCUUCGACGGCGGGACGAUCCAAGUGAUGAUCGCGACGCGAAACGUCGCCUGGAACUUGAACAGUCGCGCGCGGUUUUUGGCGAUCAUGGGCACCCAGUACUACGACGGCAAGGAGCGCCGGUACGUGGAGUACAAGACCACCGACGUCCUGCAGAUGGUCGGGCAGGCGGGCAGGCAGGGCACGGACACCAACGCGUACUGCCUGGUCAUGUGCCACGCGCCCCGUCGGGAGUUCUACAAAAAGUUCAUUUUCGAGCCGCUGCCGGUCGAGUCGAAGCUGGACCGCUCGCUCCACGACCACCUGAACGUGGAGAUCUACAACAAGGUCAUCGAAAACAAGCAGGAGGCCAUGGACUACUUGACGUGGACCUUCUACUACCGGCGCUUGGUCCAAAAUCCCAAUUACUACGGACUCCAGGGAAUCACCCACUCUCAUCUGUCGGACCACCUGUCCGAGCUCAUCGAGGAGACCCUGAACGACCUCGAGGAGGCCAAGUGCAUCGCCAUCGAAGACAACGACGUCUCUAUUUUGAACGCCGGCAUGAUCGCCGCCUUUUACUACAUUCAUUACACCACGAUUGAACUUUUCAACUCGUCUCUCAGCGAGCGCACCAAGAUGCGCGGGCUGAUCGACAUCGUCACCAACGCGAGCGAAUUCGAAGACCUCCCCAUAAGACACAAAGAGGACCAGACCAUUCGUCUGCUGAGCCACCACUUGCCCAUGAAGAUAGAAAAGCCGGACUACUUUUCCACCGCCACCAAGGUCAACGUGUUGUUGCAGUGCCACUUCUCGCGGCGCGAGCUGAACGUCGACCUGACGCAGGACCAAAAGUUCGUUCUCGUCAAGCUCCCGGAGCUGUUCCAGGCCAUGGUGGACACCAUCUCCAGCUCCGGUUGGCUCCUUCCGGCCAUCGCCGCGAUGGAACUGGCGCAAAUGGUCGUUCAGGCGAUGUGGGAGUCCGACCACCUGUUUCGCCAACUGCCCCACUUCACUCACGACGUGAUCGAGAGAGUUCAGCGAAUGGAGCCUGAUUGCGAAACCAUCUUCGACCUGGUCGAACUGAGCGACGAGCGCAGGAACGAAAUUCUCCAGUUCACCCCAGCUCAAAUGGCCGACGUGGCCGCCGUCUGCAACCAGUACCCGAACAUCAACAUGCAGUACGAAAUGAGCACCACCAGCGCCCACCCGGGCGACGCGGUCGGUCUGUCGAUACUGCUGGAACGCGAACUGGACGAAGGGCAAACCACCGCCAAGCCCGUUCACGCCCCCUACUUCCCGAAAACCAAGAUAGAAAACUGGUGGCUAGUCCUGGGCGACCUGGCGAAGAACACGCUGAUGGCCAUCAAGCGCCUGCCCCUGUCCCAAAACACCCAGCAGGUCAACCUGAAGUUCACGGCCCCGGAAGAAACCGGCGACCACGAACUCACACUGUACCUAAUCAGCGACUCCUGGAUCGGGUGCGACCAGGAAUACAAGCUCAGCCUCAAGGUGCUCGAGGCGCCCGAAGAGGAGGCAAACUCGACUCAAAAAAUGGACGUCGACUAA